ACAUACAAUAUUUCGGAAUGUAUCAUGGCUCUAUCUAUUCAUUAAAAAAAGAAAAAAGAGUUCUGCAUCUCGGGGGAACAAAUAGGCGUGGGGAAGAGUGAGAGGGGGGGCUACGAGUCCUCUCUCGUUGUUGUUCCCGGACCACCCAUCUCUUCCUUCCCCUUCGCCCGGCCCGGUGAGAUCAGAUUUCUAGAACGAAGUGAAGUGAUAGGAAGAGAAGACUGCUGGCGGGAAAUCCCUAUUCAUGAAAGCCCCUUGUUAAGGUUAAGGGGAAAACGAAAGGGCGCUCCUGCGCACCAGCUGAAGAAAGGAGCUUUGGAAGUUUACCUUAUUAUUAUAUUAAAAGGGGAAAGGGUUCCAAACCUAUAUGACUAAUAAGAAGAAAGGGGCGUUCAACCACAUUCUAGGUUGUACAAUCCAAAUUCUCAAAGAAAGCAGACACCAAUCCGCAUUCAUUUUAAUAAAAAGGACUCUAAGGGGAAAACUUCACACAAUAAUAUUCGUAUAUUCUCGCUCAUCCACGGGUUUUUCCCAAGCCAAAACCUACUCCUAAGAAGUUGCUGGAUCGAAGUAGUACAUUAUACAUCUGCCUGGCAGCAGCGAACGGGGUUCGAUUCCCCUUAUACGCGAUGUGGCGAAAAAGACUGAUUCAACGAGAUACCUUGCCUGCAUUAAGAUUUAAAACUUGUCGUCUACUUUCAGGAAAUGUUUGGAACAGAGAACUUACAAUAAUACAACGCCGUAUUCUCCGAAGAUUGAGGAACAAGAAGAGAUCUAUUAAGAGAAAGAUUUAUUCUAGAGAAAAUCUUAACAGUUACAUCCAAUCACAAACUACACGAAAGUUGUCCCUUUUUUAUGGAGAUUUACCCAUCACAGAGAUGCACAGAGGAAGAGAACGAACUUCAUAUAUCCCUUUUCUACUCAAUCCAGAAACAAGAUCGGACGUUAUCCUGGUUCGUCUCCAUUUUUGUGAAACUAUUCCUCAAGCAAGGCAGCCGAUAAGUCAUCGAAGGGUUUGUGUGAAUAAUGGAAUGGUUAACAUUACUCAUUUUAAACUCUCCCACGGUGAUAUAAUAUCUUUUCAAGAAAAUGAUGCGAGAACCCGCGGUGAAGAAAUAAAGAGAUCCUUCUAUAUCGAAAUCUCAGUUGAAAAAAUAAUAGGCAAAUUCCUGGAUCACCCGUGGAGAAGAACCAAAACAGAAUGGUUCCGCCUACUCAAAACGUCGAGGGGAUGCCGCCUACUACUAAAAUCCCGGUUUUUGCAACAGUUGCGUUCUUCUAUGCAAGAAGAAGACUUAGAAAGAACAAAGAAGUUUGGAUCCGAAAAAGUAUGCUUAGGCAGUUCUUUCGCUGAGCACAACAGAAUGAAGAGGAAUUUGUAUCAUUUCAAAUCCCUAUUCUUAUCGAAGAGAAGGAACGAGAAAAACCGAAAUAUUCCUACUCGAACAAGAAGUCCUAUAGUUUACAACUCUUCUUUAUAUAGUAAUUCGACCUAUUGCUCCGCAUCCCCCCAUCAGUUUACUAAAAAGAUCAAAAUCAAAAGGAUCGAACUACCUACUCAUUAUUCGGAGGUGAAUCAUAGAACACCAAAAGCUGUGGUAUAUUAUGGACCUAACAUAGGUCACAUACCUCACGACAUAAGAUUGAAAGAUCCAAACCUUCUUCUUCGGAGCGGAAAGGGACGUGGCCAAAACAUAUAAAGAUCGGC